AUCUAGUUUUGAAGUCCAUUUAAGAGUCCUGCCAUCUAUAAUCUCAUAAUUCUCUCCAGAUCUUAUUUACUGCUUUGUGGUAGUGGACCAGAUGUCUGGGAUUCAGUACCUGGCUUACUCGUGGGCUUUUGUCAUCACACAGACUGGUUUUGUUUGCAGUGAGAUUCACUUCUUGAAGCAGUAUGAGGGUGAAUCCGUUGUUCUUCCCUGUGAGAUUGAACAGAGGUACCCAGCGCCCCUGGGAGUCUCACUCAAACGAUCCUGGCUGGUUGAAGAAGAAGUGCUGUUCAAGUACACCAAGGAAGACUUUACAGUUAAAAAUUCUGCUGACAAAAGCCGCAUUCGCGUCAGGGGAGACCCGAGCCUUCAUUCUGUGAAUAUCACCAUCUCUCAGCUGAACGCCAGCGACACAGAUCGCUACUACUGCGAGUUUGUCGUGGAAAAUCUUUCCUCUGCAGAUGACCGCAUACGUGGAAAGAUGGAAUUCUUCCUCCUUGUUGGUGCUGGAUGCUUUGACCUUGUGCCUACAGGUGCUCAGUUUGGUGGCUCCAGUUACUCCUUUCUGGUGUACGCUUUGUCAUCAGCUGUGGUUUUUCUCCUUCUGCUCUUCACUGGAUUUGUGGUGAUUUCUAAAUGCAAAGGAUCUCAGAGUAUGAAGUCACAUGAAGCCGAUGUCUACGAGGAAAUGGGUAGGGCAACACCUCCCAGUCAAACACAAGCACCUGCCCAUCAGAGGGAAAUAACAGAAGCUUCCCAACAAAGUAAACUUCACCUGGGGAACCCCUAUGAAUUUCAAGAGGUGCUCUCAUCAACAUCAUAAACUAGAGUGUCCAAAAACACUAAACUCCAGUUAGUGUGCAGAAUUCUUAUAUCUUUUAAAUCUCCUGCAUAUUGCUAGACAGCUUGCAUUCUGACAUUUUUUUUAACCUUAUUAUAAAAUAACUUUGGCUGCUUUUGCUGUGAUCAUAGUGAUUAAAUGCUCUGUACAUUACUGAAUUUUAUUCUGCACUCCGUUACAUAUCCCAGUAUACAUAUCCUUUCCAGUUACUUAGCAGUUGUCUCAGAUUGGAGUAGAUAGUGGUAAGUUGAUCCGUUUUAGCAGACAAAGAGCCAAAUAAUCUGUCAAAGGGCUUCGUUCUGGUGUGCGGUGACUCAACUUAGCAGAAAGCCUGAGUUGACAAAGGAAGUAGAUAAUCAGUGUUGCAAUACUCGUUAUCUCUAACUGAGGUUUUUAGGUUUUGUGAAGACAGACAACACAAAGAUAUACUGAACUUAUCUUGUAGUACAUUCAGUCACCUUUUUACACGUUAAACUGAACAUUUGGGUUAUAUAACAGGAAGAAGGAAUGAAGAAUGCAUGGUUACAUUGUAACACUGGUUCUUUGAGUAAGUACACUAGCCAGUAUAGGUGGAAGUAAGCGGCUACAUAUGGAAUGUGAGUGAGUCUCUUCACUCAGAGAACCAGCAUUACAAUGUAACCAUGCAAUAAUACAAUGUAACAUUUUGAAGGAAACCAGUAAGAAAAUGUUAAUGGAAAAUAAUCAGACGUGAAUUGAAUCUGGCGGGGUUUCAUCUAAAAUGAACACCACACCUAGCCCUGCACCAGUCCAGCACAGAGGGCUGCAAACAUCACCACAACACAGAAAACUAAGCAGUUUAUCCUAAAGCAAAAUGAACAGCACAAAAUUAUAUUUCAGCUAGCUCUGAAAAAAAGAUAGAAAUCUGUACUUGUUGCAGGGAGAAAUGGGAGAAAUGUUUCAUCACUCAUCCAACUGAUUUCUUCAGUCUCAGUUGACCGCAGGUUUCCCAGCUUUAUAAACCGAGCAGUUGCAUAACAUUCAAAACUAGCAUCAUUGCCUAACAAUAAGCCAUUUUUGCUUUUAUUAAUUUGAAACCGUCAUGACCGUUAGUGUUGUCAUCAAUAUAGUUAAAUAUAAUAAAUAUAGUUCAUGCAAACAGUCAUGGCAAAUUACCUGUUAACAAUGAGAAACUGUUGUGGCUCAAUUUUUGGCAGUUGUGCUGAUUUUGAUUGUUUUGCAACUUCAUCUACACAACUGUACUGUUUAUAGGAUUGAGGACACUUGCGAUGAAAGGAAAUUCUAACACGAAUCAGAAAUUUUACCGUCGUUGGGACAAGGUCGGUGAAUACUCACUUCUCACCAAUUGUGUCAUGUGUUAAUAUGUCAUUUUUUUUACAUGCUGCAUCGUACUGUUUUCUAAAUGUGUUUAUUUGCUGUGGUUUACUGUAGCUACCACUGUUUCACUUACUAUCCCAGAUUUGUUUGUGUGAGCAUUGUGUUGCAGUUUGCAUUAAAGUCAUUUUAAAGCAAAUGCAGUCUCAGUUUUUUUUUUUACUAUGUUGCAGGUUUAAAUGUUGUUUAUUCCUUUGAUCAUACAUUUGUUCUGAGACUCCAAAGCCUGAUUUCUUUUUUUAAUAGCAGUUGGGCUAAAUCAGGUGGCGGUGGGCUUUUUUCUUUUGUUUUAUCACUUAAAAAAUACAUUGCUAUGAACAUUUGUCUCUGUAUGGUGCUAUUAAGUUACGUAGCAGUCAUCAGUUAGUGAGUGUCAUUUAAUUGUAGGUUUACUGGCUUUAGCUACUGGCACCAGCUAAACUAACUGUGUGUGUACAGACAGCCCUAUAAAGACACAGUCAGUGGUUUCCUCAGAUCAGGAGAAGUGAAGUGAGGCUGUAGUGCCCAGAAUGUGUUUGUUUCCAGUUACAAUGAGUUAUUUUGGUCUAAGUUUCACUUCAUGUACAACGCUCACCUCUGGGAGGUGAGUCUGUCUAACCCAUCACACUCCGUGAAGUCGUACAUAAAUUAAAUGUUCUGAAGGAUUUUACAUCACUUUGACUUUCAGUCAAGAACUGAACCAAAUUAUUAACUAAGAAAAGAAUAUUCAAUUCAAGUUUAUUUAUAUGGUGUCAAACCACAACAACAGUUAUCUCAAAGUGUUUUAUAAUGCAAGGCAAAGACGGGCUGGUUCUUGUAUAGUGCCUUAAACAACAACAGCCUCAUUCACUUAUUCAUACAAGUAUGUUUUGUCUGCACCUAAGUUCUAACAUUUUCAGACAUCCAUACUCCAAUGAAUGUAUCAGAGAGCGAACAGACAACCACCAAAGCUCCAAUUAGUAGAUGACCUGCUCUACCUCGUAAGCUACAGCCAACUCUGCAGUUUUAAGAUUAUUGGUAAAAUAAAUAAAUACAUAAUAAUAAUAAAAUAAAAAUAAUUAAACAAAAUCUUAAAGAUACAGUAAUUUUUGAGAUUAUGUAAUAGAAAAAAAAUGAUGUACUCAUAACUAUACAAUGAUUAGUGUGUGAUUAUGUGCUACAACAAAUUGAUGUGCUCAUAAACUAAAAAAAAAGAAUCCAUUUAAAAUACACAGGAAAGAGCGCCGGUCUGUGGAAGCUGCUAUGUUGUCCUGCUAUUUUAAAUACAGCAGCUGAGACGGACACGUUUUGCCUGAUCUUGUUUUACGUAUCUAGCAAGAGAUCGACCACUUACAGACCUAUUGUACACCUUAUAAGUUUUUUUUUGUUUCUUGGGGGGGGGGGGGGGGAUUAAACUGCUUUCAAACUAUGUAUGAUCAUUUAAGAAUUGUACAUGCUUAUUUUCAUCCUCAUCAUCAGAGCUGUAACACAUCAAAAGAUGCCUAAACAUUAUUAUUACUUACUUUGAGACAUGCCACCCUUCCACCUCUGGACAGCUGACAAGUGGGCUAGACAAUAACUUAAAACAGCUGGUUUUAAGUUAUUGUUAUCGGUGCUACAUAAAUAAAAUUGAAUUUAACUGAACUGAAUGGAAUGUCCAAUGUUAGAUCCACUUCAAAGAAAGUUUCACUAAUAUCAGCCAACAGCAGCGCUUACUAACAAACGUUCAGGAUACCAUCAAAAGCAGAAGUGAGCUUCUGCGACUUGUAUUAGUUUUCACGCAUUUCACCUGGCAUUGCCAGCUGAGGUAAACAGCCGACUAACAGCCUGCAUUUACAACAGAUAAACUACCAAAACUACCACAGUGUGUUUUUCCCUACAGCAGCCACUGUAACUAGGAUUAUGCAAUUAAAUUGGAAGGGGUAAGAAACCAGAAUUCAGUUGGCUGCAAUUGAAAGGUGCUGAGAUUUUACACAUUGUACCUUCAACAUAGCUCUUGGCUGUUACUUUGGAGCAUUAUAAAAAUGUUCACCAGACCUUAAAAUCUGCACGUAUGGAAUCACAAGUAAAAUAUGCUAAAAACAGCUUUAAAAGUUUGAUUUUAGUUGCCCCCCAA